ACCUGACACGGGCGACGUGUCACCACCCGAGGGGCCCUGGCCCCCAAACCCCCCGAGCCCGGCCAAGGGGCUCCCGAGGGUGGGGACCCCGAGGGGUUCAGAUGUCACCGCCCAUCCAGGGGACACACGGGGACCCCCCCGCCCCGCGCAUCCCCCCAAAAGAACGGCCGCUCUGCGGCUCGGGCCGGGCGUGUCCCAAGGGGCAGCCCCGGGGCGGGUCCCCAACCUCCCGUGGGGGAUAAAAGGGGCCCGGGGGUGGCCGUGGCGACAGCGAUGCCGAGCUCGUGGGUGCUGGUGCUGGCGGUGCUGGGGGGGGCCUGCGCCCUCCCCGGCCCCGCGUCCCUGUCCUACACCGAGGCGCUGGCGCAGGCCGUGGAUUCCUACAACCAGCAGCCCGAGGUGCAGAACGCCUUCAGGCUGCUCAGCGCGGAGCCCGAGCCCGGCCCGGGCGUGGAGCUGAGCUCGCUGCAGAGACUCAACUUCAGCGUGAUGGAGACGGACUGCGCCGCCAGCGCCCGCACCAACCCCGACGACUGCAACUUCAAGGAGAACGGGGUCAUCAAGGAGUGCUCGGGGCCGCUGAAGUUCCGGCAGGACUCCCCCGAGAUCGACCUGCACUGCUCCGACGCCUCCUCCGACCCGGUUCUGAUCCAGCGCGGCCGCUUCGGGCGCUUCCUGGGGAAGGUCCGGCACUUCCGACCCAGGAUCAAGUUCGACGUCCGCCUGAAGGGCUCCGUGGGGCUGGGCUGAGCAAUAAAGGGGCCACCGGGAGUGGCCGUGUGGGCA